CCACUCUUACCUUUUGUAUUUUAACGCUACAAAGCGUGUUAGACAUGGAUUUUAACAUUUUGUAUUAGUAAAUUCUGUAAUUGUGCUAGAAGAAGAAUGAAUUUAAUACAUAAAUAUAACAUUUAAAACUUUUUAUUUACUUACUUAUAUGACUUAUAUAUCAAACUCUUCUAGCCUAUCUAACAAAUGUCAAAUAUGUUAGUUCACUUUUUUAUCACUAGACAGUUAUAAUGUUCUCAUCUUAUUAAUUGUAGGUUAGAGUUUUCGAACUGACUCUCCUCACACUAGUAACUCGUAAAUAAUAAUCCCAGAAGAGCCCUAGAACGAUAUAGGAACAAGAGAAGAUCUCUCGCUAGGGAUUUUGAUUAUAGUUUUAAUUACUUAAAUGUGACAUAUUGAUCAAUAGCAAAUUAGUAUCAAAAAUGAGAUGAAGGAAGGUGAAACCCGCAUUUCUUUCAUAGUUUUUCUGGUGAAUAACACGAAUGGUGUUCAAUACGAACAGGUGAAAGUAGAUAUGGAGAGAGUAACUCUCCGUGAGGAGAAAGUCACUAUAGAACUUGCAAGCUUCCAAUUCGACAGCCCUGAUUUACCAUGUUAUACGAAUAACACGCGUUACCUAUCUUGUUGUUUGUGUAUACUUUAGCGCGCAACGAUGAAAUUCAAAAUAUUUAGAGGUAGCGUUUCAUAAGAGAAGUUUAAAGUUACUUUGUUAAAAAUGCACAAGAAUUCAAUGAGUCGUAGGUCAUCUACGAAUCCAGUUAGAAUAUCCACGCUCGACAGGGAAGAAAAAAGUCUAACACGGAAUGAUUCAAGGAGGCCUCAAACAUUAAAACCAAAGGUUUCUAUAUCCUCUGCUGAAAAUUCUCAGAUUCCCAGAGCUCGACUUCGAACUUCAUCAUGUGACAGAACAAGUACUAGAGGUAAAACACCUCUUCGUCAUGGAACAGCGACUCCAAUGACACCGGGUAAAAGUGCAGGGAAACAUACUGCUUUCAGUUCAAUUGGAAACAUUAACAGAUUUCACUCAGCUCUUCCAGUAGGACGUAGAUCUUUAUCUGCUGAUCGUGUUAGCAGCCUGGGUGCUAAGGGUUCUAAAAAAGAUACAAGACCUUUGACAGAUAAAACUUAUCAGGCUUAUAUGCUCAAUAAAAUAGAUACAUAUUUUAAUACGAAUAAACUUACUUUAAUGCUUAAUAGCAAUGGAAGCAUAAAACCUGUUACUUUGAAAAUGUUUGUAGAAAUUUCUGCUUAUUUAGUUAAAACGGUGGACAUUAAAUCAAUUCUAACAAUUAAUAAUUAUGUGGAGGAAUUACCAAAAAUUGCCAAAAAGUUACAUUAUCCUGGAGUUAUUACUAAAUCAUGGUUAAAAACUGCUAAUGCUAUGCACUCGUGGCCUAAUGUUUUACGAUGGAUAUGCUGGUUGGUGGAAAUUUGUGAAGUGAGAGAAAUAGCUUUUGAGAAUUAUAAUUUAGAUAACUUGCCUUUCGUAGGUGAUGAAAGGCAGGCUAAUAUGUAUAAAAAAACUUUCUUCUCUAUGCUCGAUUUCUAUAAUGCUUGGAAUGAUGUAAAACUUGAGGAAGAAGCAGCAAUGGUUGAGAAAUAUUUGCAAGAACUUGAAGAUCAACAUGGGGUUAGUGAAGAAGAAUUAAAUAUUGCACGGUCUGAAUUGGAGGAAGAAGCAGCUAAAUUCCAAGCUGUUGAAGAGGAAGCAUGUAAGAUUGAUGAAGAAGUUGAAUGCUUACAUAGAAAGCUCAUGGAUUUACAAAAUGAUGAGAAAAAGCAAUUAGCUGAUAUUAGAGCAAAAGAGGAUUAUAUAAAAACAAUUAUCUCUGAUACAGAGCAAAAGAAAGCUGAUUGCAAUAUUUUGUGUGAACAAAUUCGUUUGCAAAAGGUACAUCACGACGAAUUAGUUUCAGCAAUUAAACAGCAACCAAUGUCUAAAACAGAAAAGGAUAAAGUACUAGAAGAGUGCAAAAAAAUACAGGAUUAUAUGCAGCAUUUUGAUGAACAUUUACAGGAUAUAGAAAAAGAAAUAUUUACAAUGGACAUUAAUUUAGCAUCAGUUAAUCAUAACUUAACAAAGGUAAUUUUAACGUAUAAUAAAGAAAUAUUGAUGCACCUCAAUGGUGACAUGGGCAUUGAUUUAGAAGAAUUAAAAAUGCCAGAAACUGGGAUUUUGGAUCCCCAAAUUAUGGAAAUAUUGCAGAAUAAAGCUGAUUUGAUGAAUCAAUUCAAAGAACUAAUGCAGAAACAAAUUACUGAAAAAGAACAUACAAUAGAACUAGAUUCCAGUCAGCUGGAAGAUCUUCAGGAGAAGAUGAGAAUUUUGAAAGAUGAGAGUAGCGAUGUUGCCAAUGAGAUUAAAGAGAAGAAAAGUCGUAUUAAUAAAAUUAAAACAGACUUUAAGAAUGAAGAAGCAAAGUUAAAGGAACAAAUAAAAGUGUUACAAAAUGAUAUUAAGGAACUACAAAAUUCCAUACCAGACAGACAAGCAAUUACUGAAGAAUUGAAUGAAACAACAGAUAAAUUAGCUGCAGUACAGAGAAGGAAGGCAUACAUUGAAGAAUCUGCAAAAUUAUUUUUUGAUCAAUUUUAUGAAAUUUUAGGUGAACACAGAAGCGAAAUUUUUAAUAUAUUAUUAAAACUUAAUAAAUAGUGUAAUUAGCUAACAGAAUCGUUUAAUUACACUACAUAAUUUAAAUGUAAACAGAAUUCUAUGUACAAAUGUUUAUAUCUACAAAGGAUUUAUAUUUGUUUUAAAUUUAGUAAUAUAAUGUAUGAUAAUUCGUAAAU